CUUCUCCUCCUCCUACUCCUCCUUUUCCUAUCUUCUUCCUCUGUCCGGUUCUCUCUCUCUCUCUCUCUCUCUCUCUCUCUCUAAUCCGUUUCUCUCUCUUCUCGAUCAAUAAAUUCCUCCGGGAACCUUCUAGAAUUGGCAUCUUCCGCAUUCCUCGCCAUCGAGAGCCUACCUCGGUCCUUCUAUUAUCUCUACGGAACAGAAGUAUUCUCUCUCUCAUAUCUGCUAUGGCGCCGCCGCCGCCGCCAGAGCAGAGCAGAGAAGCAACAAGCGGCGAGUCGCAGAGGUCAAUACCGACGCCGUUCCUCACCAAAACAUAUCAGCUCGUGGAUGAUGAGGCCACUAACGAUGCCGUCUCCUGGAACGGCGACGGAUCCACUUUCAUCGUCUGGAAUACCACGGUCUUCGCGAGGGAUCUGCUGCCUAAGUACUUCAAGCACAACAACUUCUCCAGCUUCGUCAGACAGCUCAAUACCUACGGAUUUAAGAAAGUCAUACCUGAGCGAUGGGAAUUCUCCCACGAUUGCUUCCGCAGAGGCGAGAAACAGCUCCUGCGCGAGAUACAGAGGAGGAAGAUGCCGGCCUCUCCGCCAACCGUGACGGUGGUCCCGGCCCCAUCAUCCGCCAUCCCGAUGGCCAGCUGGCCGAUGAAAUCCCCGCCUGGCUCUCGCGGGGACGAGCAGAUGAUCUCGGUGCAUCAUGAGCCUCCGGUUGUGUGCGGCCAGAAUUGCGCGGCUGAGCUGGCGGACGAGAACGAGAGGCUGCGGAGGGAGAAUAUGAUCCUAAGCAAGGAGUUGACGCAGAUGAAGAGCCUGUGCAGUAAUAUAUUCUCCUUGAUGUCGAGCUUCGUGAGCGGAAAGCCGGAAUCGAACCCACUGGAGCUGUUGCCAGGCAAGCGGUCAGAGCCGGAGGAUGCGCGGGAGAGGGAGGAGAGUCCGAGGCUCUUCGGGGUACCAAUUGGCGCGAAGCGUGCGAGAGAGGAUCCUCUGCAGCGGCCCUGCGCAAGCGGAUCCGGUGAGAUCAAGCCUGAGCCGUCAGAUUGCCACGGAGAGCAGUGGCUCAGACAGCAUCAUCAGAGCCACCGAACUUACAAUCAAAGGGUGUACAACUGAACUGAUUCAUCGACAAAAGAACCAACGCAACAAUUAAUGAGAGAGGAUAGUUUAGUCAAUCAAAUCAGUCCAAUUCCAAAUUAAUCAGCCGAUCGGAAGAAGAAUUUUCUAGUGGGGGUGGGGACAUCACAGAAGGGAAGAGGCACGUGCGGAAUUGGUCGCGUGCCUCGUGGUGGAGCUGGGACCCCGUCUUCGUGGGACCGGCUUCCGGAUGCUUCGCUCGCCUGCUCUCAGUUUCCAGUUUCCCUGAUGCGCGUCCGCUUUUGCUUGCUUGCCCUUUUUUUUUUUUUUCCUAAGUAAAUCAGACUCCCUCUAAUCUCUUUCGGUAGGCCAUCGAAGCUGCAGAUACACUGAUUAGAGGCAAUUAAUUAGGUAUGAGCUGUAUAGUAGUACAUGUGGAAGGGUACAUUACAAGAUGUUCUCGAUUGAAGCCCCCAGGUUGAAUGUCUGAUUUUUCUUAUAAUAUCAUAGGAAUGUAUUUUGGGACCGACCGGUUAAUUUCGUAGUUUAGCAAGAAAUAAUGUACAUACUUAUGCUGUUGUUAACCUGGGGAUGUUACGCCGGCAUUCAUGUAACGAACGAGCUUGUUUGUAUCGGCAGUUCAAUUCAAUGAUA